AUGACUCAACAAGCUACAAUGGCGAUUCCAAUUGCUGAGCUGGAAACUCAAUUCUCCCUUGCUACCAACUCCAUUCACGUUGAUGACCGAUAUGCCGGGCCUGAGCUGGCACCGGCCAUGCACCCGACGAGCACUUUCAGAUAUCCGCUCGACCCGGACGAGCUAGAGCCCCAGCAGGCUCUUUCUAAAACCAAGCAUGUGUACGCAAGACUUGCACGGCCAACAAGUUCGCGAUUGGAGCUUGUGCUCUCAACCAUCCUCAAGGGAGAAUGCUUGACAUACUCGACUGGUCUUUCCGCUAUUCACGCCUAUCUCACAUGUCUGACCCCCAAGCGAGUCGCGAUCACAGGUGGCUACCAUGGCGCCCACGAUGUUCUUCGUAUCCAGGAACGGUUAACGGGAUGUACCAAGGUUGGGUUGCAUGAAUUAGACCAGCUUGAGAAGGGAGAUGUCAUUCAUCUAGAGACGCCUCUCAACCCGACAGGCGAAGCUCGCAAUAUUGCCGCGUUUGCUAAGGUUGCCAAGGAGAAAGGCUUGUAUUUGGUCGUGGAUUCCACCUUCGGUCCCCCAUCACUGCAGGAUCCUUUCCUUUGGGGCGCAGAUCUAGUCAUUCACAGUGGUACCAAGUACAUUGGUGGCCAUAGUGAUAUCAUGUGUGGUGUUAUCAGUGUUCCUCCCCAGAAUCCCGAGCUGUUCAUGAAGCUAUGGAAAGAUAGAUGCGCCCUCGGGAACAUCAUGGGUGGGUUCGAGUCGUGGCUCGGUCUUCGCAGUCUGCGAACACUGGACAUCCGCUGCAUUCGACAGAGUCAGAAUUGCACGGCAAUCGUGUCCUGGCUGUCAACUAUGAUCAAGUCUUCCACACCGAACGCAGUCAAUGCCACGAUCGAAAGUCUCAAACAUGCAAGCCUGCAGACAUCCGAUAUGGAUUGGCUUGCAAAGCAGAUGCCGAAUGGAUUUGGUCCUGUUUUCUUGGUGGUCAUGAAGAGCUCGCGGCAGGCUCGACGUCUGCCUAGCAAGCUGCGUAUCUUCCAACAUGCAACUAGCCUGGGCGGAGUAGAGAGUCUCAUUGAGUGGAGGAAGAUGACUGACCCCACAGCCGGAGAGAACAUUAUGCGGGUGAGCGUUGGCAUUGAGACGCUGGAAGAUUUGCAGCAGGAUCUGCUCAAUGGACUUCAAGCCUUGAUUGAGGAAGGUGAAAAAUAG